UGGGACAAAUGACGUACGAAUGGUAGGGAUCUUAGGACUAGGUGGAAUUGGUAAGACAUCUCUAGCCAAAGCAAUUUCGAACUCGAUUGCUUUCCGAUUUGAAGCUAGUUGUUUUCUUCCAAAUGUCAGUGACACUUCGAAUCAAGUGCAUGGUUUGGUUCAAUUGCAGGAGACCCUUCUUUCUAAGGUCUUUAAAGAUUGUAGAAGUUUGAAGAUUGAUAGUAGUGAUACGGGAACCAUUAUGAUAAAGCGCAUGCUUCGUUUUAAAAGAGUUCUUUUAAUUCUUGAUGGUGUAGACCACUUGACCCAAUUAGAAACAUUAGCAGGAGCUUGUGAUUGGUUUGGUAAGGGAAGUAGAAUCAUCAUCACAACAAGAGAUCAACACUUGUUGACUACUCAUGGAGUUGAUUCAACAUACAAGAUGACAGGAUUGAAUCACCGUGAUGCUUUUCAAUUAUUUUGUUGGCAUGCUUUCAAAAAACCGAAACCAGUUGAGGGUUAUGAAAAAUUUGUAGAACAAAUCAUAAAUUAUGCUGGGUGCCUUCCACUAGCUUUAACGGUGCUUGGUUCGGAUUUAUAUGGUAGAAGUGAAAGUCAGUGGAAAGGUUCGAUGGAUGAGUACAAGAAAAUCCCUCACCAAGAUAUUCAAAAAAUACUUCAAACAAGUUAUGAUAGGUUAAGUGAAGAUAAAAAGAAUGUUUUUCUUGACAUUGCAUGUUUUUUCAAUGGACAAUUACGGCUUGAUGAUGUCACUGUAAAGAUACUAGAUAGCUUUGGUUUUUGUCCAAACUUUUCGAUCCCAAGGCUUAGGGAGAAGUGUCUUAUUUCGGAGUUUGAUGGAAGACUGCAAAUGCAUGACUUGUUACGAGAUAUGGGUAGAGAAGUUGUUCGACAAGAAUCGCCCAAAAAUCCAGGAGCACGUAGCAGAUUGUUUUUUCAUAAAGACAUUCGCGAAGUACUGGAGUAUGAUAUAGCAACAGAUAGAGUUGAAGCAAUUGUUAUAGAUUUACCUGAAGGUGAUGAUACCAUUUGCUUGAGUCCCAAGGCCUUCAAGAAUAUGAAAAGACUCAGAUUAUUUAGAUGCCACAAUGCACACUUUUCUGAAGAACUUAAUUGUCUACCUAAUGGAUUAAGAGUGCUUGAUUGGCCUAAUUGUCCUUUACAAUCUAUGCCAUCUAAAUUUCGUGGAGACAAACUCUUUAUUCUACGAAUGCCCCGUAGUCACAUCCAGAAGAUACGGUUCGAAUUUAAGAAUCUCAUGGUAAUGAAUUUCCGUGGUUGUGAAUUCUUAACGAAAAUCUCGGAUAUUUCAAAGUGCCCAAAUUUGCAACAAAUGGAUUUUAAAGACUAAAAAUCUAGUCAAAGUUCAUAAAUCUGUUGCAUUACUUGAUAAGCUUGGUAGGUUGAAUCUUAGUGGAUGUACCAACCUAAAGAGCUUUCCAAAGGGACUGCUGUUGAGAUCUCUGCAAUUCCUUGAUGGCCAUUUGGAUGCAUCCGUUGAAGAUAUUGGAAAUUUAGCAAAUCCAAUAGGUCAUGGAAGUCAACUUUCUAAGAGGCGUCGUGUUGAUUAUGACGACGACCAAGAUGAUCACAACAUUGAAUCCAACUUGUUGACUUGAUGACCUCACAUUUGUUUCAAACUCAAACGUCUCAAUAUUAGGUGCGCGAGGUCGAGGGCGCCACGUUACUUAUGAUGAAAAUGAUGUAGCGGCUUUUUGUGGGAAGGGUAUCUAUAUAUUAAAUGAGUUGAAUCUCUAUUUCAUUUCAUUAAUUUUCA